GUGGUGGCAUUGAGAAGACUGCCUAAAAGAGAAAAGACUGCAGUAAAAAACAAAGCUUCUCUUUAAAGCUGGAAGGGACCUCAGGUUCCUUCUUGGAUUAAAAUAGAAACACAGGGCACACCUCUUUUUAGGUGCAGCUCAUAUUUUGUGGACGCGUGGUAGUCGUGGAGGUACUACAGUAUCUCUGAAGAAUUUUUUCCGUGCCCAAAGUUUUCUACCCUGUCCUGAUAGUCUCUCCUUUUUUCCUUUUGAACACCUGCCUCCACAUGAGCUAUAUCUUGAACUGUCUGACUGUCUGUAUUCUCCACCUGCAGCCAUUUGCAUGUGUACAGCCCACUGUUUGUCUCCAGUUUUUAAACUGUACAAGUUGUGUUUCUUAAUCUCCCCUUCUGCCUUGUUCUAGGGAGGCGGUUACUCAUCAUUUAGAAUCACCUUUCCCCCUCCCACGUGCUUUCUUUCAUUCGAAAUCUUUUUUGACUUUUGGUUUUAUUUGGGAGGGGGAAGGGUGAUAAUUUUAAAUUUUUUGUUUCCCUGGUUUCCUUCUGCACUCUCUGUUUCCCUCAUCCCAUUUUCUUGCCUAUUCUGCCGCUGUGUGGGCCUGGGCUAUGCGGCAGGGCAGAUCUCCCAUUAGAGCUCCAACAUGCCCGCAGAGUCUGGAAAGAGAUUCAAACCCAGCCAGUAUGUCCCAGUUUCAGCAGCCGCCAUCUUCUUAGUGGGAGCUACAACACUCUUCUUUGCCUUUACGUGUCCAGGACUAAGCCUGUAUGUGUCACCUGCAGUGCCCAUCUACAAUGCGAUUGUAUUUCUCUUUGUGUUGGCCAACUUCAGCAUGGCCACCUUCAUGGACCCAGGAAUUUUCCCCGAGGAAUUUGAUCAUCACUGCCCCUGGGUGAACAACUGUAUUGGUCGCCGGAACUACCGUUAUUUCUUCCUCUUCCUCCUUUCCCUGACAGCCCACAUUAUGGGUGUAUUUGGCUUUGGCCUCCUUUAUGUCCUCUACCACAUAGAGGAACUCUCAGGGGUUCGCACGGCUGUCACAAUGGCAGUAAUGUGUGUGGCUGGCUUAUUUUUCAUCCCUGUAGCUGGCCUCACAGGAUUUCAUGUGGUGCUGGUGGCUAGGGGACGCACAACCAAUGAACAGGUUACGGGUAAAUUCCGAGGAGGUGUGAACCCCUUCACCAAUGGCUGCUGUACCAAUGUCAGCCGCGUACUCUGCAGUUCUCCGGCACCCAGGUAUUUGGGGAGACCAAAGAAAGAGAAGACAAUUGUAAUUAGACCUCCCUUCCUUCGACCAGAAGUAUCAGAUGGGCAGAUAACUGUGAAGAUCAUGGAUAAUGGCAUCCAGGGAGAACUGAGGAGAACCAAGUCUAAAGGAAGCCUGGAGAUAACAGAGAGCCAGUCUGCAGAUGCUGAACCUCCACCUCCUCCUAAGCCAGACUUGAGCCGCUACACUGGGCUGCGGACACACCUCACCCUGGCUACUAAUGAGGGCCCUGGCCAGUGCUACAGCAGCCUCUUGGGCAAAGACAGCCCCCCUACACCUACCAUGUACAAGUACCGGCCGGGCUAUAGUAGCAGCAGCACAUCAGCCGCCAUGCCUCAUUCUUCCAGCGCCAAGUUGAGUCGUGGGGAUAGCUUGAAGGAGCCAACCUCGAUUGCAGAAAGCAGCCGCCAUCCCAGCUAUCGCUCAGAGCCCAGCCUGGAGCCAGAGAGCUUUCGUUCUCCCACCUUUGGCAAAAGCUUUCAUUUUGAUCCACUGUCCAGCGGCUCACGUUCUUCCAGCCUCAAGUCAGCUCAGGGCACAGGCUUUGAGCUGGGCCAGUUGCAGUCCAUUCGUUCAGAGGGCACCACCUCCACCUCCUAUAAGAGCCUGGCCAACCAGACACACAAUGGAAGCCUGUCUUAUGACAGCCUGCUCACUCCUUCAGAUAGCCCUGAUUUUGAGUCAGUGCAGGCAGGGCCUGAGCCAGAUCCACCCUUAGGCUACACCUCUCCUUUCCUAUCUGCCCGACUGGCCCAGCAGCGGGAAGCCGAGAGGCACCCACGUCUGGUGUCAACUGGCCCAUCACACCGAGAGCCCUCACCAGUCCGUUAUGACAAUCUGUCACGCCACAUUGUGGCUUCCCUCCAGGAGCGAGAGAAGUUGCUGCACCAGUCACCCCCACUCCCAGGACGGGAGGAAGAACCAGGUUUGGGGGACUCAGGCAUUCAGUCAACACCAGGCUCAGGCCAUGCCCCUCGUACUAGUUCUUCCUCAGAUGAUUCAAAGAGAUCACCCUUGGGCAAGACUCCACUGGGAUGCUCAGCUGCCCCCCGUUUCGGCAAGCCAGAUGGGCUAAGGGGCCGGGGACUAGGGUCCCCUGAACCAGGCCCAACUGCCUCAUACCUGGGUCGAUCGAUGUCUUACAGCAGCCAAAAAGCCCCACCUGGUGUCUCUGAGACAGAAGAAGUGGCCUUGCAGCCAUUACUGACACCCAAAGAUGAAGUACAGCUCAAGACCGCCUACAGCAAAUCCAAUGGGCAGCCUAAGAGUAUAGGCUCAGCCUCCCCUGGCCCAGGCCAGCCACCUCUCAGUAGCCCCACGAGAGGAGGAGUCAAGAAGGUGUCAGGGGUUGGAGGUACCACCUAUGAGAUUUCGGUGUGAGACUUCGUCACCUCCCCGCCCCACGCCUCUGCGCCUACACCAAAGGGCCCCAGGUGGCCACCUUCCUUCCCUCAAGGGGCUUUCCUCCCCUGCAUGGACAUUUUUUAGACCACCUACCCAAGAGGAUGAGGAGUGUUUUCUAAAAUGCAGUGGGGGUUGGGGAGUUGGAGAGUUGGGGCCCUGAGACUGGGGUAGCAACCCCUCUUUUACCUUUUAAGACCUUCCCUUCCUUAAUCCCUGGACCAGACUCAGUGGACACUUGUGCAAUUGCUUGCCCUGGAGGGAAUCAGAUCAUUUUUAAACCAGAAAUAAUUUUUUUUAUUAUUGUU